AUGUCCGAUCAUCCCCCAUUAGCACCACAGGAAGGCUCGGGUGUCGAGCCUGCACAAUAUGCGCAAAACUUGGAACCGCAUGUCUUUACCGAACAAGAGCUGGGGGAAUACCGCGAGCAAGACCGAUUUCUCCCCAUUGCCAACGUCGCCCGAAUAAUGAAGUCUUCCCUUCCGCCCAAUGCCAAAAUCGCUAAAGACGCCAAGGAGACCGUCCAGGAAUGCGUCUCCGAGUUCAUCAGCUUCAUCACCUCCGAAGCGGCGGAGAAGUGCCAUCUUGAGAAACGCAAGACGGUUGUGGGGGAGGAUAUUAUAUAUGCGCUGUAUUCUCUCGGGUUUGAGAACUAUGCAGAGGUGUUGAAGGUCCUCCUAGCCCGGAUGAGACAUGCCCAUUCAUUAGCCCAGGCACACAAGAAAUCUGCAUCUGGAGAAUUUUCCCCUUCAGAUCCGAGCGAACUUGCUCUCCGUGCACACGGUUCUGGGUCUGACGAGCAUGACGAUGACCUGGACGAUCAUGAUGAGCAUGAUGAGGAUCACGAUGAACACGAAGGCGAUGAUGGGGAACCUGUGGAUGAUACUGAAGGAGGCGCGGAAGACGAGCUGGAGCUGGAAGAACUUGAGGAACGGUUCAAAGAGGUUGUCGAGAAGGGCCAGUACGCUGAGAAUGAGGAGGACGUUGGCUAG